GGAGAAUUUACCAAAAUACCCACUGCAGGCUUAGAAACUUUCUUGAAGUCAUCACGCUGACAAAAAAUGGCCACGGCACAUGAUAAGGCUGUACUACAGGCAAUAUUCAACCCAAACACUCCAUUUGGGGAUGUGCCUCAUUUAAAUCAAGAAGAGGAUCUCGCUGAUGAUGACAGUCUAUUUGACCCGAGCUUGGUGAUUCAAGUUAAGCAGUUGGAGUUGCAGGGGGUGUCAGCUGCAGAGUCUGGAGACAACCGGACAGCACUACAGUGCUUUGACAAGGCUAUUCAGCUACUGCCAGGGCGUCCCUCGGCCUACAACAACCGUGCCCAAACACGCCGUCUUCAAGGGGACACAGCAGGAGCAAUUCUGGACCUUGAGCGUGCCAUUGCUCUGAGUGGAGGAACGGGGCGCACUGCAUGCCAAGCCCUGGUGCAGAGAGGUCUCUUAUUUCGCCUGGGAAACCAGAAGGAAGAGGCAAGACAGGAUUUUACACAGGCAGCUGCACUGGGCAGCAAGUUUGCACAGCAGCAGGCUGUUCUGCUUAAUCCGUAUGCCGCCCUGUGUAAUCGCAUGCUAUCUGAGGUCAUUAACAAGCUACGAAACCCUGAUGUACCAGAGAUGCAGUAAGAAUACAGUUUUACAUUCUGCCACUAAAGGUUCACAUUAAAAGUUGUUGCAUCUGUGCAUCAAUAACACUAUACAUAAAACAUCAAUAAAAACCAGCAUUCAUUCAUA